AUGGAAACUUCAUCCCUCAUGGCAUUCAUGUACGAGUUAGUGCUAUUACGAAGUAAAAAUUGCAAUUUAUUAGUUACCGUUUAAUAAUUUUCCUACUACAUAACUUUCUAAAAUAACGAUUGAUCUCCGGUUCGUGGAACUGGAGAAAAAUUUCUAAAAACACCUUUGUAUUUUUAAAAGUUAUAAAUUAUAAAAGAAUUGUUAUUAUUUAUAAAAUAAUAUGCUGUCAGACAUCAUAAUUUGACAUUUUCUGACCAACAAAAUAAUCUACAUACAUUGGAUUUUUCUGUACUUCUCAUUGGAUACCGAUUGAUGCUCCCUUUGUUAAAGAAUUAAUUUAAAACUUAUUUAGCUUUUCGAGUUUUGAUCAAUUCAAACAUUUGUCUAGAGUUACCUAAUCAGUAAAAAUUAAAUUAUGAGGUAGAUAUUUAUAUUUUAAUUAUUAAAAAUGUCUGCCAUUUAUUUAAUUAAAAAUUGGCAACUUAGAAUAUUCAAACAACCAAAUUAUUGUCUAAGUAGGAUUGUAAUUUGGUUACAAAUUAUACACUCUUACAAUCAUUUUUAAUAUUUCUAUGAUUUUAUUUUAAUUUAAUUUUACAGUAUUUUUAUAUACAAACACAAUAACUACAAUCCUCCACUACCCUAUUACAAUGAUAAAAUUCAACAGACACCAGUUUAGGUUAUACUUUAUACAAUUUCUAAUACAAUAGUUGCUAUCAAUAAUCAACAGACAUGCUAUUUUACACAGUACGAUAAAAUGCUAAGUUUUACAUAAGGUAUGCAUAAUAUACCGUUGUAUAUUAUAUCCAUUACUGUUAUAUUAUUUUGAUAUUAUUAUAACAUUAUAAUUUCAUUAUUAAUUAUUUUUAUAGAACGGUUUUUGUCAAAAACAUUUAGACCUGAAGAUCCAGUGAUAAUCCAAGAUAGCAGUGAUUGAAAUAUUAUCAAAAAAUGACUCGACCAAGUAAAUAAUAUAUUCAUUUAUUGCCAGGUCUUCUUUUUUUUUUUUUUUGGUUAACACAAAGCCAAUUAUUUUGUAUAGGGAUAGGCAACAUCAUUUUUGGUGUCUAGGGACAAAAAGUAAAAAUACAUUUUUCACACACCAUAAUUAUUAGAAUACAUUUUAUUUAAUUUAACUUUCAGGUAAGUGCAAAUUUAGGGCAUAAAUAAAUACCUCACUAGAACUAUAUCAACUAUAUCUAAAUUAGUUAUUAGAGAAUACCUAAUCUGCACAGAUUUAUUUAUUAAUUUUAUGUUAAUUAUGGUGUGAAUAUUUCUUGAAUGCCUACCAGAAGAUUAAACAAAAGUUUAUAGUUAUAUCAAAUUUAAUUAAAGUUUAUCACCAUUUGAUAUAUUAAUUUAACAAGGUUUAACAAACAAACUUAUUAUCAUGAUAAUAAUACAUCAUAAUAAUAAAAAUAAAAGUAAAUGUAAUUUUUAAGUUUGAAUAGCAUUAACCAGUUUAUUGAUUGAAGGUUUGAUAUUCAUUGAAGAAAUUCUCUUUACAUGAUUUAAUUGAACACUGGUUAAUUGUAAAUUAUAUUUGCUUUUUUGAUUGAUUUUCAUGAGAGUAAAAGUUUGCUCACAAAUUGUCUGCCUCUAUGAAAAUAUCAUCUUUCACUUUUUUGUAGGGGCAGGUGAAAUAUACAUCAAAUAAAUAUGAGAUAAUUUUUUUGUUAUUUUAAAUACAUCCACUGUUAGUAGUGACUUUUAUACUACACAUAUCUACUAAAUCUUCAUAAAUAAAUGCAUAAAUACAUUAUAAGUGUGGUAAUUAAUUUUAAUGUUCUAAAAUUGUAUUUUUCAUGACCAUUUUUAUGCUAUCUAUAUUUUGUAAUGAUUCAUUAUAAUAUUCUAAUAUAUAUAUAUAAUAAUAUAUUAUAAUAUAUGUCAUACAUUUUCCUGUUUAUUUUUUGGUUUUCACAUUUGUUAAUAAAACUCUUGAGAAAAUCAAAAAAUGACCGCCCUAAAGUAUUUUCCAACACCGAUUUUCUUUCAGAAAAAAAGCUAUAAGAUAUCUGGUAGAAAAGCUGUCCACAGAACAAAAAAAAAACAUAUUUGUGAAACCAUAAGCUUUUUUGCUCUGCUCAAAAUCUAAAAACAUUGUGUUCGUACCUGUUAAACUGUAAAUGGGCUUUGAUCUGUAAAUAAGUGGAAAAGACUUGUAAUAGAAAUAUUCACUAAAAUUUAAUUUAAUUUUAAAAAACAAUUUAAAAUAUGGAAAACCAGCACUUUUUAAAAAAUAAUUCUAAAAUUCCUGAAAUUACCAACCAUUCAGAUUAUAUGCUAUUUAUUGUUGAGCACAUUGUGUAAACAAUUAAAUAUUAAUUACUAUGCAUAUGACAAUUGUAUUUUAAAGAUAACUUCCCUUAGCUCUGUAGUAUUAUCUAGUUGUUAUUUAUGAUAAAAUUAUAACUAUUAGUUGUAUAUUCUUCAAUUACACACAUUUUUAACUAAAAUAGUUUCUCAUCAUCUGCUUUAAUUCUGAAAGUCUCAGUCUACUUCAUCCCUGGGGUUAAAACCUAUAGUUAAAUUGUAUGGUUGAAAAUGCAAAUUGGUCUUCCAUAAUGAUUCUACAAAUAUACUAAUUUGUUUCGUUCAAUACUUUAAAUAUUACUCUUUUGUAUUACUAAAACCUUGUGCUAUGAUUCCUUUAUUAUAUAUUUGUUUAAAACAAGAAUCUAAAAUUAUUUUGGGCAAGAUAAUUGGUGAAUCAAUUAAUAUUAUUUAGUAGUGGCUAUUUAGACAAUUUAAAUUAUUUUUUAAAAAUUUCAAACUUUCAACUUAAUAAUAAAUAACAAAUAAAUAAUAUCAAUUUUUCCAUUCUGCACUAAGGGAGGAAAGUAUUGGUUAUUAAUAAUGUUGAUUUUUUUAUACUGUACAAAUUUUCAAAUAAAAUAUAUCAGAUAUUUCAAUUAACAUUAAUGUAUAUUUAUAUAAAUAUAUUUUAUUGUUGGUAAUCAAAAAUUUUUUGGUUUUCAGGUGAAAUAUUUGAAUCUGCAAUAUCUUUCUUUGAAAAAAAGAAUUAUGCAAGUACCCAAGAAAUGUGUGCAAUUCUUAAUGUGCUGCAACCCAACAAUUUGAAAGUUCUGCUCUUAUUAUCAUUAUCCUACUUUAUGCAGGGGAAAUAUAAAAAAGCUAUAGAAAUAUUAGAUAAAAUUCCAGACAAACAUCUUAAAUAUAUAAAAAAAUUAAAUUAUUUUGUACUAAAUUAUUUAGAAAAAUAUCAAUAUCCAGAAGCCAGUAAUGAUUUAGUAGUAUGCAAAAAAUUAGAUAUCAUUGAUAAAACAAGUUUUUAUUUGAAAAUUGCUAUUCAAAUAUUUCCAAGAAUAAAUUUUGAUAUUUCACCUAUAUUGGGUGACACAUAUUUUCAUAAUGGAAAUAUUUUGUCUGCUGUGAAAACUUACUCUUUGUAUUUGAAAGAUCAAUCCGAUAAUCCAGUCUUAUUGCAUGAUAUGGGUUUAAUAUAUUUAAAUCACUUCAAUAAUGCAGCAGCUGCUCAACCAUUGUUUAAAUUAUGUGUUGACUUGGAUAAAAGGAACACGUUAUAUUAUGAAAGUCUUAUUUCUGUAUAUCAACAACUAGAUAAAAAAGACUUAGCUUUUAAAACAGCUCUAAGUUGUGCUGAAGUUUACAUGUUAAAUAAUGAUUAUAUUGGUGCUAUGAAUGCAUUGCUUUGUGCUAGCAACUUAUUUCCUGAAAAUUAUUAUCCCUACUGGAAAAUGGGACUUAUAUUCUGUAAGUUGGAUGAUGACCAUAAUGCUUUAAUGAGGUAAAUAAUCUUAUACAAUAUUGUGAUAAAUAUAAUAUCAUCCUUUGUAAUAUUUUUAAAUGUAAUUUUUCAUUCCUUGAAUGAUUUACUUAAUGCAUGAACUUUUUUAAAACCACCAAGUGAAAAUACCAAAGAAAACAUAUAUUUCUAAUUUUGAAUAAUUUUAAUUUAAAGUUUUAAAAUUAAAAACCUAUAUAUUUUCACAUUCAAUUUAACAUUUUUAUGCACUUUUGAAUCACUAGCAUAAAUAUAUAUUAAUUUCUUUUAAAUUUCAAUAAACAGGUUUGAGGAUGCCAAAAGAAUGAAACCGAACUUUUCCCUAAUUUAUUUUAAUAUUGCAAAUGUAUAUGAAAAAAUGAAUCGACUAGAAGAAGCUGAAGAACUUUACUACAAAACUUUAUAUUUUAAUCCAAAACAUUGUGAUACUUAUCAUAAACUAAUAGCCCUUAAACAACGAAGUGGCCAUAUUGAUGAUGUUAUUACACUUUAUGAUCUUAUGCUAAAUCAUAGCGUAUCUGAUAAGUUUGUAAUACAUAAAGAAUUGGCAAAUUAUUUUUAUAAUGAAGUUGGAAAUCUUAAAGAAGCUUUUAAUCAUUUUGUAAAAGCUUUAGAAAUCUGUGAUACUGAUUUGAAUACCUAUUUAGCUUUGGGAACAUUGUCAUUUAAAUUAAAUUAUAGAAAUGCUGCGUUAAAUUAUUUUUUGAAAGUACUUGAACUAUUUCCAGAUUGUUUAGCACCUCACUUAUAUAUAGGAUAUAUUUAUAAAGAAAGAAAACAAUUUAAUGAAGCCAUAAAUGAAUUUAAAAAAGUAUUAAAUCUUCACCCAAAUCAUCCAGAUGCAUACUGUUUCUUAAUGGAAUGUAGAAGGCAUAUUUGUAAGUUUACAAUCUUCGAUGAGACAAAUCUACAAAAAUUAAAAGAUAUCGUUUUCCAUCAAUUGACAAAUAAUGAAGUGCCAACUAUUUCACUACAACACUCUUUACUAUGUAAUUUUGAAUCUGAAGUGUUGAUAGAAAUUGCAUCAAUAUUAGCAAAACAAUAUGCUGAUAAACCAUAUGUACAAAGAAGCUUAUAUCCAGGAUAUGUACAUGAUAUAUCUGUAUCAAAUAGUUGCAUCCGUAUAGGAUAUAUAUACACAGAUUCUAGUAGCCAUCCUACAAAAGAGUUAGUAAGGUCUAUUAGAAAAUUACAUGAUCGGAACAAAUUUGAAGUAUUUUGUUAUUCUCUAUCACCAAUAAAUAGAUUGAGGUAA